UUACGUUUUUCCCCCCACAGCCGAUCAAAGUGUUGUAAGGUAUCUAGUAAAUCUCAAGUCUCUCUCCCCACUUCUGAACCUAAAGAAAAUAAACGAUUCAACCAACCAGAGGGCGAUCGGUUGAUUCCUCAUACCGAGCCAGUGGUCUCAUCCGCGUGACCACGUCCUGGAGUGCAGGAGGUUUCUUGGUAGCCGCCAUGUUGACAGUGCUCAACUCAGACACGAGUUUAUCUUGGAUGUGUUGCACCGGAGCCGGCAUUUACGUGGCUAUGGCUCGACAAAGUCUCCCUACUUGACUACUUUACCAAAGGGAAUUCUCAGCUCUAAUAACACGAGGGAAACCGUACAAAAGGAAUCGAAAUUUCGAGCGAACAGUAAACGCAAGACUUCUCAAGCUUCGUAAUGCGGAACAUUCGACCGGUUAGUUCAGAGAACAUGAUCUUUUUCUUCGAAUAAAGUUUAUUCUUUUGAAGCGACGACGAAGACGUUCUUCUCAACAAGUUGAUGCCCCCUUGAAAAAGAUACGGCACUGUGCACUCUCUCACUGUAAAAUGCGGCCCCGUAUCUCGAGGGCCAGCCUGUGCGCUGUUCAACGCGGCACUAUCCACAUAUACAAGUUUCUCUGUAAUCUUAGAUAAAAAGAGUGCUGAUACAUUAUAUGAUAAAUUUCAUUUAUCUUUUUCAUUUAUAUUUUUACAAUCAAAGAAAAUAUUACUGAAAGAUAUUCAUUCAGUGUCUGAAAGUGUAGCAUUCAAAGAAGUAUUAAAACUACCUAAAUAAGAUAAAGAACGACGGAGAGUGAAAGAAAGAAAGAGAGAGAGGGAGAGAGAGAGGAGGAGGAAUUAGCGAGAGAAUGCAGCAUCGUGAAGGUCGAGUGAGUGACAGAUGGCACGCGAAGGUAGUACCAGGAAAUUGUAAGAGUUCGUGCUUGCGCACCAAUGCAACGAUUAAAGCAACUCUUUGAGUCGUCGAUGCUGCGUGUCACACUCGGAAGCUCAGCCGCGCCUUAAAUAUUCACAAUGACUGUGAUAUCACAAGUAAAAUAAAAUAUAAAAAAAGAGACGAUAAAAGGGGAAUUAAGAACGUUGUUCGUGUGUAGUAUGUGCGAAUUCGACGCAAGCAGAAACGAAAGAAGAAGAAGAAUACGAGGAAGGCGAAGGAGUAAACUGGAGAGGGCCUCCUCCUCUCGUGUAGGUAGUAGUAGGUCUGUGGACAAACCGAUUGAGUGAGUGAGAAAGAUAGAGAAAGAGAGAAAGAGAGAGAGGCCAGUUCGUCUGACUGACCCAGAUUUUCGCGGUUCAGACGAGACGAGGGAAAAGAAAAGACAGCAGGAGAAGACUCGGACUAUCUGAAAUGGGUCACGACGCAGCCUGGAGCUAAAUUAGCCGCGAUGUCCAAUAAGAGUAAGACUCAGCCGCAGCAGCAGCAGCAGCGUCCAUUGCACGUGAUCAAGCCAGUGGAUCAGGUGCCACCGCGGUAUCAACCGCCGCCGCAACCUACCAGCGGCAUCCUGAAGAAUCAUCCACAUUUUAGCAGUACCACCACAGUACCAUCGCUACCACUAGCGACAGUUAACACGGUACUUCAAAACACACAAGGUCAGGGUACGGCCUCGACCUUGACUCAUCAUCAUCAUCAUCAUCAUCACCAUCAGCAACAUCAGCAGACGACGCAACCACGUAACGCGUCUCAACAGAAGAAUGCUCAAGGCAAAUACUCGCCGAGGAUAGAACACAGAUAUCAUCCACAAGGUGCUGCUGCUGCCACUGCUAAUAUCUUAACAAGUGGAGCUUCGACCACAGCUUCUACCAAAAGUCAGGCUUAUCUUCAAACCAAGAUCGGACAAGGACAAUAUCUCCCACCUAAUAGUCAGUAUCCUACCAUCGGUAGCAGUAACAGUGCUAGCAGUCAACCUGUACUGAGCAGACAGAGGCUCACCGACGAGGAGUUCCUUAGACUCGGCCCUGUGGAGAUGCUCAAGUUUGUGCGAAAGACAGAAAGUGACAUCGCACGGCUAGCUGCCGAGCAGAAUCGUCAAAUACAAAACUUGCUCAGUGAGCUUCGUGCUCUGAAGGAGGCCAACCAAAGACUCAGCGACGACAAUCAGGAAUUACGAGAUUUGUGUUGUUUCCUGGACGAUGACCGACAAAAGGGCCGGAAGCUGGCAAGAGAAUGGCAAAGAUUUGGUAGGUACACAGCCAGCGUUAUGCGACAGGAAGUAUCAGCUUACCAAAAUAAAUUGCGGCAACUGGACAACAAGCAGCAGGAAUUGAUAAAGGAUAAUCUCGAAUUGAAAGAGCUCUGCCUGUAUUUGGACGAGGAACGAGGGGGAGUUCAGAGGGACGACGGGGAUGGAUCGAGUUCGAGUACGAAUGCGGAGGAAACCGCACCACCAAGGCCAAGACACACUUCUACGUUUAACGACCAAACUAUGCAAUAUGUAAGGAGUUUGGAACAACGCGUUAAGCAGCUGGAAGAAGACAAAAGUGUUUUACAGGCAAGAGCUCGAGGAUGGGAAGCGGGUGAAGUCUGGGACAAUCCUAACAGUCCGAGCGAUAAUUCUCAUAUCGGAGGUAGACCCGAGGCCGUCGUACGAGCUCUUCAAGUUCUCGAAGUUAGAGAACAGUUGGAAAGAGAAGAUGGACACGACGGCGAGAAAGCUCUAGUUCGAGAAAUGUGUAAUGUUGUAUGGCGUAAGUUAGAAGAAGGCCCACAAACAAGGCAUUAGAGAAUCUUUUCAAAGUGCAAAUUCGUCGAUUACGAUAUUAAAAACAUUAUUAUGCAAUAUUCAAAUGCCUAUGGCGUGUCGAUAGUAUUAUAAUAGUUAAUACGUCCAAUGUGUUAUAUAUUUUAUAGAUUUAUAUAUAUAUAUAUAUAUAUAUAUAUAUAUGAUGUAUAUGUUUACUCAUGGAUUCAUUCCUAGUGAAAGCGUUGUAUUAUUGUAGCUAUAAUAUCGAUCUAUUUAUGUAAAACUUGUAGUGCCGUUAGCUUGCCUAGAUCGACUGUUAAUAAACUCUAUUUUUAUUAAA